AAAAUGUUUUUUUUUAUCUCUGUCUUAUACUGUUACCAUUUGGAGAUACAAUGUUUUGAUGUGUCAGCAACUACAUAAAUAUUAAAUUGUCUUUCAAUUGUAUAUCACCAUUAAUUAAGCAUCAAAAGCAAAGGUGACUGAAGUAGUUUUCAAAACAAGUUGUGAAAAUGUGAUCAAUGUGGUAUGUGUGUUUUUUUUAUGCUGCAAACCCACAGUCCAAACAGGAAAGGCUUAUCAUACAGUCUCAACUGUUAGCUCUUCACAAAUUUGGCCUACAGACAACAACGUCAUAGUCUGAAAGGAAAGUCCCAUCACUUCUGCUGUUUCUCUGUAGUGCUUUGCAGAGCUGUUGAAAUCGACUAAGACACCGCAGUGACAUACUUUUCUUGUUUUUCAGUUUGAGUAGAUGUAUUACAGUGAAAAGUUCAUGCAGCUCAGUGAAGUCCAACAGUGAGUGCACUGUUACGGCAAUAUGAGAAACAUGCAGACGCUCCACAGGCAGAGUGUAUGCAAUAUGCAUGCUGGGGCCACAGCAAACUGUACACAUGAGAGUCAUAAUGGAGUGUGUGGGCUGCCAAGGGCCUCGUAAAGGCGAAUAUGUGAUCCACUCACUCAGUUGAGAAAUGCCUAUUUGUGAUUUAUGCUCAGGCUGAAACUAUUUGGAAAAAAAUAUGAAUGUUAUGUGCCAUAGACCUUGAACUUCACCCAUUUCAGCCAUUCCAUUUCAGUCAAGCUCCAAUCAGGAGGUGGUAUAACAGUGAAACAGCCACCAACAAGUUAACACUAAGCAUGACAAGCAUAUUGUGUCUUAAUAUGGGCACUGUUACUACUUAAAUUACUUUGUUGCAUGAAAAACAGAUUGUGGCUUUGAAUGUGUCUGAAUUUAAAUGAGUCUUGUCUUUGUGGUCACGCAGGAUGUCUGUGUGACUUGGGAUCGCAGAUUUCAGACUGCAAAAUGAGCACCGACACCACAUACCGCCUUCCACUGAAUGUCUACGUCAUCAUCCUUGGGAUUGGCCUCUUCAUCUUCAUGUUGAGCAUGAUCUUCUGUUGUUACCUGUUCAGCCUGAGGCGACAGGGCACACGGGAGCAGUAUGGAUACAAUGAGGUGGUUCUAAAAGGAGCAGGGAAGAAGCUCAGUCUGCUUGGACAGACCUGUGCAGUUUGCCUAGAAGAGUUCAGGAGUAGGGAUGAGCUCGGAGUCUGUCCUUGCUCUCAUGCAUUCCACAAGAAGUGUUUGGUGAAAUGGCUGGAAAUCCGAAGUGUUUGCCCCAUGUGUAAUAAACCCAUCUGUAGGCUCCAGCCUGACCCUCCACAGGGGGCCGAGGGGCCGCAGAACCCCCUGGAGGUGUGAGCGAAGAAAGCUGGUGUCAGUAAGAGAAAGAGGAGACUCUCACUGUGUGGAGCUUGCUCAGCUUCACUCGAGAACAAUUCAAAAAACACAUGUAGCCCACUCCCAUAUCCAGCUGACCCUCAUUCAACCACUAAUACAAUCCUCUAGUGCAGCAACGAGGAGCUUUCACAUUGACACGAUAAUGUUUUGAAGUUCUGAUUUAAUGCGCUCUGCAUUCAGCCUUAAUAAAAGGCAUCGUGUAGAUGCCCUAUGCCGAGAAAGAGAGAUUUUGGCUAUUAAAAAAGACUUGCACAGAACCUGAAUAAAUUGUGUAGGCACUGCGCAAUAUAUGUGCACACUAAUGCCAUCAGAGUGGCAGAGGACAUCAUAGUACCACAGACCAGUAAAGGACGAUUAUAUGACAGAAGCGUCAGAAUGGAGCAUUCGGUGUCCUGUGAAGGCCUAUGAUCAUGGGACCUUGCCAAAAUGUUUUCAGAUUUGUUAAGUAAAUCAAAUGUAUCAGUGGAUCACAGAGACGUUCCUGGAUUUGAAGAACCUAAACGAUUUUUAACGCCUGCCCUCCCAGCACUCCCAGGCCAGGGUUGGGUGAACUGGAGUUUUAGGUAAUCUUUAAGUUAUUUUGAAGUUGUUAUUUUAUAUUGUAAAGACCUCUCAAUAAAGUGUAACAUUUCUUUGAUGGCUUAA